CGCCGAGCGGCUCCAGUACCCGCCGCGCCGCGGGCUGGUGGGCUCCCCGGCGGCUCUGUUGCUGGGAAAUGACCCUGCCCGGGGGCCCGACGGGCAUGGCGCGACCGGGAGGCGCGGGGCCCUGCAGCCCCGGGCUGGAGCGGGCCCCGCGCCGGAGUGUCGGGGAGCUGCGCCUGCUUUUCGAGGCGCGCUGCGCCGCGGUCGCUGCCGCCGCCGCCGCAGGGGAGCCCCGGGCCCGCGGGGCCAAGCGGCGGGGGGGACAGAUCCCCAACGGGCUUCCGCGGGCUCCCCCUGCCCCGGUGAUCCCGCAGCUGACUGUGACGGCCGAGGAGCCGGACGUGCCCCCGGCCAGCCCCGGGCCGCCCAAGCCGGAGGGUGGCUGGCUCCCGGCCGUGGGCUCGUCGCACCUGCAGCAGCCGCGCCGCCUCUCCACCUCGUCGCUCUCCUCCACUGGCUCCUCGUCGCUGCCCGAGGACUCGGAGGACGAUCUUCUGAGCGACAGCGAGAGCCGGAGCCGCGGCAACGUGCAGCUGGAAACGAGCGAGGACGUGGGUCAGAAAAGCCACUGGCAGAAGAUCCGGACCAUGGUGAAUCUGCCCGUCAUGAGCCCUUUCAAGAAGCGCUACGCCUGGGUGCAGCUGGCGGGGCACACGGGGAGUUUCAAGGCGGCGGGCACCAGCGGGCUGAUUCUGAAGCGUAGCUCAGAGCCCGAGCGCUACUGCCUGGCACGGCUCAUGGCGGACGCGCUGCGCGGCUGCGUGCCCGCCUUCCACGGCGUGGUGGAGCGCGAUGGCGAGAGCUACCUGCAGUUGCAGGACCUGCUCGACGGCUUCGAUGGGCCCUGCGUACUUGACUGCAAGAUGGGCGUCAGGACUUACCUGGAAGAGGAGCUGACCAAAGCCCGCGAGCGGCCCAAGCUGCGGAAGGACAUGUACAAGAAGAUGCUGGCCGUAGACCCUGCAGCACCCACCGAGGAGGAGCACGCGCAGCGCGCGGUCACUAAGCCGCGCUACAUGCAGUGGCGAGAAGGCAUCAGCUCCAGUACCACGCUCGGCUUCCGCAUCGAGGGCCUUAAGAAAGCCGACGGCUCCUGCAGCACAGACUUCAAGACCACGCGAAGCCGGGAGCAGGUGAUUCGCGUCUUCGAGGAGUUUGUGCAAGGGGAUGCCGAAGUGCUGAGGAGGUAUCUGAACCGCCUGCAGCAGAUCCGGGACACACUGGAGGUCUCUGAGUUCUUUAGGAAGCACGAGGUGAUCGGCAGCUCGCUCCUCUUCGUGCAUGAUCACUGCCACCGCGCCGGCGUAUGGCUCAUCGACUUCGGCAAGACCACGCCCCUCCCCGACGGCCAGACCCUGGACCACCGGCGGCCCUGGGAGGAGGGCAACCGAGAGGACGGCUACUUGCUGGGGCUGGACAAUCUCAUUGGCAUCCUUGCCAGCCUGGCUGAGAGAUGAGGCUGGGCCCCUGUCUCCGCGGACCGGAGGGUCUGACAGAAGGACCUGCGCCUGCAUCCCCGCCAUGCAUGCAGGCAGAGACUGAAACCCCGCGGUGCGGGGCGGUUCAUACGGUCCUAUAGGGCCAGGUGCCGACCACUACGGGACACACUGCACGCGCAGGGCCUGGGCCCCAUAAAAGCCCCAGUGUUCCCAGAGCCGAUGACACUAAUUUACCGGGCGAGGGAGUAGAAGUGGGAUGAGUGGCUUCUUCUUCAGCCCAGCUCUUCUGAGGGGGCUCCAUACCUCUCCAGAGAAGCCAGAUAAUGAACUUUAUUUCACAGGUACUAGAUCUAUUGGUCUGACCUCCCACACUACAAUGGACUCCCUUUCCCAAUAAAACUCAA